CCGCUCACCCCUCCACUUGGUGAUGCAAUGUCAUUCUGUGGAACAGCACUGGGGACAGUAGGAAAGGGUCUUCCCUUUGGAAAAAGCAUAAAUAUGCCAGCCGUCAUGGUACAGUACUUCAGAUACUGCAGGGGCUGAGCGGAGCUGGAGCUGAGGAAGCUAUCAUAAGAGGGCAAGACUUCACUGACAUUGUCCUUCACCAUGAAUCCCAGAAGGAGCCUUCUGUGUUUCUUCCUGUGCCUGAGCCCCGUAAUGUGCGACCGGGUAUACGUCCACCCCUUCCAUUUGUUUUCCUAUAACAAAAGCAGCUGUGAGAACCUGGUCAACUUGAUGCAAGAAGAGAAAAUGUUUGUUCCCGUUUCUAUUGAGUCCCAAACCAUCCCUGCCUAUGAAGAGACCCUGAAAGACAAAACCAAGCUGGAAAGGCAAAGCUCAGAUAUCAAGGGUGACCAGAGGCUGAGCUACUUGAAAGACCUAGUGUAUGUUCUUGGUAUGCGCUUCUAUGAUGUGCUGAAGGAAACUCUGAAGGGUGAAAACAUUCUCCUGUCACCUACCACUCUCUACAGGUCUUUGUUAUCGUUCUACUUAGGGGCCUCCGAACAGACAGCUGAUGAUUUACAGAAGUUCUUGGGAUUCAUUCCUCCCUCCGGUGACCCGGACUGCACCUCCAAAGUGGAUGGACACAAAGUCCUUUUGACCCUGAAGACCAUUGAGAACCUGCCCCUCUCAAGUGGAGCUGGUGACCUACUUUUUUCCAAGCUUUCCUGCCUCUUCUCUGCUCCCAGUGUCCGUUUAUCUGAAUCACUUGUGAACAGCCUGGCCCCUUCUUCUGAUUAUUUCUAUGCCCGGGCAGUUGACUUUACAAACCCGAGUCAGGCAGCAGAACUAAUAGAAAACUUUGUGAAAGACAAAGAUACCAGCAAAAGCAAGAAUGUACUGACAAACAUAGACCCUUCUACCACCCUGCUGUUUCUGACUUACAUUCAGUUAAAAGCCAAUGUGAAGAAAGCCUCCCAACUGAAAGAGCUUCAGGAGUUCUGGGUUGAUUCAAGCACAAAGAUCUUGGUGCCUAUGAUGUCGGCAACCGGAAUGUUUCCGUAUAAGAGGGAUGACAACAAGAAUUAUUCAGUAAUCAGAGUUCCUGUCAGUGAGAAUGCUUUGCUCGUGCUGGUACAGCCCGUCAACAGCAAUGACCUGAACCAGAUAGAAUUGGAGCUUUCCUUGUAUCCAUCUUCUACUUGGCUGCAAAAUCUGUCACCAAGAUAUAUUAAACUAUCUUUGCCAGAGUUAACAAUAGAAAGCACAUAUGAUCUUCAGGAACUGCUCACAAAAAUGAACUUGUCUACCCUGCUGGGGAAGAACGCAAAUCUCAAUAAAAUAAGUGAUGCCAGUCUUGCUGUUGGAAAGGUUAUAAAUAAGGCCCUUUUCAAACUGAAGAACUCGGGAGCAGAAGAGCUCUUAGAAGAAAAUGGAGACUCACUGCCCCUGGAAAUACAGCUGAACAAACCGUUCCUUCUAGCAGUUUAUGAGAAGAAUUCGAAAGCCAUGAUUUUACUUGGCAGAGUGACAAACCCACUGAAUGGUGUUUAAAACCAAAGGCUGAGGAGCAGAAAGGAUGGUGUGGAAGGGAGGGUAAAUGGAUAGGAAAACUUUCCAUUCUUCCAGUCCCCUUUUCCUUCCACUGUCUUUGUUAUCCUGUUGAGCAGCUGUAGUUAGCUUUGAAAUGAAGCAGAUGGUAUUUCAAAUACAAGUUUUAAAAUAUAACAAAAUGCAAGUGAUAAUUGUGUAUUUUUCUCCCAAUUAGUCAUCCACUGAGAGGGAGGAAAACCCUUUGUUUGUUAGGAACAUGAUGAUGGCAGCGUGAACUUUUUAUGGCAUGAAUAGCUACAUCACAAGCUGCAGUGUGAAGUUUGACUGCUUAGCAAAACUGGUGUUUCAUUGCAGAGAGGUUAAGAAGGGAUAGCUUCAGCUCUUACAUGUUUGAAAAGUUGGGUGGUGAUGUGGAAGCAUCACAGAUCAUAUUGAAGAAGUAAUAUUAAGACUAUAUCAUGUGAGCAUGCUUUUUGGAUGUUUCUCCCUCCCUCCCCCACACAAUCCAAAUAGAAAAUAAAAUAUAUUUGCAAAGGUA